ACAAUUUCUCGCGCGCUUUCUGUCGGCUCUAUAUAUUCCUUGUUCCCUCCCGCUUCUUCCAUUUCUCUGGCUGCAGAGUUCUUCGAGCGCUCUGAAAUUUUCAGCUCGGAGGUCGGAGCUUACAAGUAUCUGACUUAUUACUGGUUGAAAAAGUUUGUCUUGCCGUUGAUUGCCUGCUCAGAUCCAGCACAAGCGGUAUGGGAGUUCUCAAUCCUUUACAUUUUGCUCUGUUCUUCCUUGUGUUGUCGAUGGAGUUGGGAGUUCAAGCAUACGGGGCUGCUGUUCUUUCGAGCAACGAAGUGCAAGUACUUAAGAAGAUCGCGCAGAAGAUUGGAAACAAUGGUUGGGAUUUCAGCGAUGAUCCGUGCAGCGGGGAAGGGAGUUGGUACAUGGCGAAUGCCACGAUAGCGAACGGGAUCGAUUGCGAUUGCAGCUUCAACGGCAACUCCACCUGCCAUGUUAUAGAAAUAUCAAUAAAGUCACAGAAUUUCUCCGGGGGUUUGCCGGCGGAGUUCGGCGAUCUUCGUUAUCUUCAGCUGCUGGACUUCACCAGGAAUCUCUUCGAUGGUAGCGUCCCUGAGGCAUGGAGCAAGCUGCGCUUGACCAACCUGAUAUUGAUGGGUAAUCGAUUAUCUGGGCCGUUCCCACAAUUUCUAACUCAGAUGACGACACUGCAAACCCUGAACAUGGAAGGCAACCGCUUCUCGGGGACCAUUCCUCAAGAGCUUGGGAAUCUCAUUAACCUGGAGAAACUUACAAUAGCAUCAAAUGGAUUCACUGGAGAACUCCCAGAAACUCUUGCCCAGUUGACCAAUUUGACUGAUCUAAGGAUUUCUGAUAAUAAUUUCUCAGGAAAGAUACCUGAUUUCAUAAGCAAGCUCACUCAGUUAAAUAGACUGGAAAUUCUUGGCUCUUAUCUGGAUGGGCCUAUACCUUCUGGCAUUGCAAACUUGACAAACCUAGUUGAUUUGAGAAUUACCGAUCUUCGUGGAAAUUGGUCAGCCUUUCCUCGAGUGAAUGGAAUGAAAUCCCUAAAAAGAUUAAUAUUGAGGAAUUGUUCCAUUCAUGGUGUCAUACCUCCUGAAUUAUCAAACUUGGAUAAGUUGAAAGUUUUGGACCUCAGCUUUAACAAAUUGACGGGAGAAAUUCCAGACACAUUUAGCGGUCUGAACAAAAAAGUUGAUUUUAUGUUUUUGACUGGAAAUGCUCUCACAGGGACGAUACCUAACUGGAUCUUGAAUAGAAGAGACAAGAACUUGGACAUCUCUCGCAAUAACUUCUCAAUUGGCAAAUCAGGUCCAACUGAGUGCUCACAAGAAGGAAGCAUUAACCUGGUGGAGAGCUGUGGGGCCGCACAGGACAACAAGACUAUAGUUAAUCCAUGCUUGAAGAGGAACUUUCCUUGUGAUGCUCUAAAAUAUAUAUCCUCCUUGCACAUAAAUUGUGGAGGAAGAGAAACGGUUAUCAAUGGGACAACAUAUCAAGCUGAUGGAGAGGAAGGAGGUGCUUCAAUGUUCUAUUUUGAUGAUGAUUGGGCAUUAAGCAGUACCGGAUAUUUCAUGGAUGACGAUGUGUCUUCUGACAACUACAUUGCUACAAACACAUCAGUACUGUCCAUGCCAAAUGCAGACCUUUACACAGAAGCACGAAUAUCUCCUCUUUCUUUAACCUACUAUGGACUUUGCAUGUUCACCGGUUCAUACACCGUAGAACUUCAUUUUGCAGAAACAGUUUUCCAAGAUGAUAACAAGUUUGACAGCCUUGGAAAGCGUUUAUUCAAUGUCUUUAUUCAGGGAAAAAUGGUCUUAGAAGAAUUCAAUAUUGAAAGAGCUGCUGGUGGCACUGGCAAGGCCAUUAAAAUGACCUUCAAUGCCUCUGUCACAGAUCAUACUUUGAAGAUUGAGUUUUAUUGGGCUGGAAAGGGGACACAAGCCGUCCCAAAUAGGGGCGUUUAUGGGCCACUCAUAUCAGCUAUUUCAGUGACACCUAAUUUUGAUCCUCCACGAGACCAUACUGGUUUGACGAAAGCUACUAAAAUUAUCAUUGGAAUAUCAGCGUUUGUAUUUAGCCUCAUCUUAUUGGCACUUGUCCUUUGGUGGAGGAAGAGAUGCAUCGAACCAAAUUCCAUGAAUAAAGAUCUUCCAACUGGACUAUUUACCCUACGACAAAUUAAAGCAGCAACCAGGAAUUUCGAUCCAACAAAUAAAGUUGGGGAGGGUGGUUUUGGUCCAGUUUACAAGGGUCUCCUAUCAGAUGGAACUGUAAUUGCUGUGAAGCAGCUUUCAUCAAGGUCCAGACAAGGGAACCGCGAAUUUGUAAAUGAAAUAGGCAUGAUUUCUGCGUUGCAACAUCCUAAUCUUGUAAAGCUAUAUGGAUGUUGCGUUGAAGCCAACCAGCUAUUGCUAGUGUAUGAGUAUAUGGAAAAUAAUUGUCUUUCUCGGGCUCUUUUUGGGACGGAUCCACGUUCAAGAAUACAUUUGGAUUGGCCUACAAGGUGCAACAUUUGCAUUGACAUAGCAAGAGGCCUUGCGUAUCUUCAUGAAGAAUCCAGAUUGAAGAUUGUCCACCGAGAUAUCAAGGCUAGUAAUGUGUUGCUGGAUAAAUCUCUCAAUGCUAAAAUAUCAGAUUUUGGCCUAGCCAAGUUAUAUGAAGAUGACAGGACUCAUGUCAGCACCAAAAUUGCUGGCACUGUGGGUUACAUGGCUCCUGAAUAUGCAAUGCGUGGUCAUCUAAGUGAGAAAGCAGAUGUGUACAGCUUUGGAGUGGUUGCUUUAGAGAUUGUCACUGGCAAGAGCAACACAAAUUACAGGCCUAAGGAAGAAUUUGUUUACCUCCUCGACUGGGCUUGUGUUCUGAAAGAGAAGGGAGAACUUUUGGAGCUGGUGGAUACAAACCUGGGAACAGAAUACUCGGAAGAAGAGGCUAACUUGUUACUGAAUGUGGCCAUCUUGUGCACAAAUGCAUCUCCUUCACUGAGACCAAGCAUGUCUCAAGUCGUGAGCUUGCUAGAGGGCCGCACACCUAUUCAACCCAUGCUCGUACUUUCGAGCUUCUCAGACGAGAGCAGUAAUGGCAUCAGAAGAACUUUCUGGGAGAAACCCAUGGAGCUCCGGGAGAUAUCUGCCGUGAAUACCUUGGUUGAUUCUUCAGUAAGCACAUCUGCGCCAGAAUAUGAUGAAGAGGACAGCUUUCUGGAUGAAUUCCCCAAACACUCAACAGGUGACUGAUUUAGGCUCAGCAGAAUUUCUGGAGUAGUUUGCAAUGUAGAUUUUCCCUGGGAGGAUUAAGUCUUUGUUUGGGACGGCUUUCUUACUGCUUCUUAAAGCAGUCUUUUAGUAUAAAAAUUAAAAUGUUUGUACUAAAAAGCUGUUUUAAGAAGCAACAAGAAAGCCGCCCCAAACAAAGACGGCUUUCUUAUUGCUUUUUAAAAUGGCUUUCUAGUAAAAAAAUCUAAUUUUUUGUACUAGAAAGCCGUUUUAAGAAGCAGGAAGAAAAUUGUCCUAAACGAAGCCUAAAUCGCUAGAUCUAAUAAUCAAUAUCUGUAAAUUUUAGCUUUAGAACAAGAGAGCUGGAGAAAUUAGAUGAAUGAAUAAACAUGCUAUGUAAUAGAUGGAUGUGCCAUAAAUAUGUCUCAUCCAUUGUAAGGUGUGGCAUGCCAUUUGAAGUUCUAUAAUUCUGUGUGUAAAUGUAGUGAAGUAAGAUUCAGAUAGUUUGUGGCUUGACUAUAAAUAUGGACAAGUUAUAUAGAUUUUUGUUUUUUCA